AUGGAGACUGUCAAUGAAAGCAAUAUGAGCGAGAUGAAGGAAAAUGGAAACUUUUUAUGGCCAGUCGAUCCCGAAGAGUCUGGUGAAGGAUUGCCAUAUGCUCCUGUAGAUUGGUCUAAUCCGGGAGAUAUUUGGGGUUGGAAGGUGGGUAGAAGAGUUGCCCCGAAAGGCCGCCACUAUUUGGAUAGAUAUCUGUAUCUUCCAAGUCAUCUACCUUCUGGUGAAUAUAAGAAGCGCAUUUUUGCAAGCAAGAUUACGUCCGGGCAACAUUCCCUAAUGCAGAUAUUGAUGCAUUUUUCGCUGCAUUCAGCUGGAAGAUCCCUUCAAAGAAUCAAGCACCAAAUGGUCGAUUCCCACUCGAUUGAUGAAGAACUGAUUGCUUGGAAUUUCAGUAGUGGUUCAAAGAAGGGUAAGGCAGUGCAUAGUUCGGUUCCUUUGCCUCCGGACGCAGAACACUCUGAAUCUGUUUGCCAGUCUGAUACUAUUGGUUGCAAGGCUGGGAAUAAGACGUGUAGCAGUUUUAUGGAAACGGAAGAAGCCUCACCUUCGGCUGUCAUGCCUUCAAUAGCGGGUGAGGGAUGCAUAUGUGGACAUGUUGCUCACAUUAACUGCGCUCUUCGAUCUUACUUGGCGGGAACAGUCGGUGGAAGCAUUGGUUUGGAUGCAGAAUACUAUUGCCAGCGCUGCGAUGCAAGGACAGAUCUAGUUCCGUAUGUAAAGAGCCUUCUACAAAAUUGUGAAGACAUCAAUUCCUGGGAUGACCUUGACAAAAUUCUAAACAUUGGCUUGUGCAUUUUACGUGGAUCCCGGAAAAUUGGGACAAGAGAGUUACUGGACCGCAUCGAAUUGGCCUCGGCAAAGCUUAAAUGUGGUCCUCCGCUUGAAGAUAUCUGUAAAGCUGAAGAUGCUGCCCAAGCUAUUUCUACGGGCGUCCAAUAUAAUGGAAAUGCCACAUUGGAAACUACAAACCACCAAGAUCAUGUGGAUGAUAGACCAAACUCGCUGCAACUUGUAACCGAAUCAUCUGAUUAUCUGAGUGAGUCUCUGAAGCUUGAAAAUGAGAUUGAUGAGGUUCUUCAGGCUUUACGUAAAUCCCAGGAAUUAGAGUAUAAAAUUGCAGAGGAGCAACUCUAUGCACAGAAGAAUUAUCUUCAUAAUCUAUAUCAACAAUUGGAUAGAGAGAGGUCAGCACUUGCACAUCGCACAUCAAGCAUUGAACCUGGUAGCUUACUUACUGCUAUCAUAAACAGAUUGGAUCAGAUAAACAGAGAAAUCAUGAAACUCAAGGAGAUGGCAGAGGUGGCCAAAGGAUUUGGAAAGACCCCUAACCAUGUCCUGAAGGAACACUUUGGUAUAGAAAUUGAGAAAUGAAGUUAAUUCCUACAUGUGAUGUGGGUUCUGUCUCCAGUCAUGUUGAUCAAAUUUUGCCGUUGAGAUGUUUUCAUUCCUUAAACUGAUCAUCAUCAUCACCUGUGAAUUUUUUGAGUCUAUUUCUGCAUCGCGCGUGAGGAGUUACAUCCCUGGCUAAUGUCAUAGGAAUGGCUUCUUGUGUUCAUAAUCCGAAUUGAUCAGUUAGAUUAGAGCAGUGGAGCUGUGGGUUUGAGGAAGAAUCCCAAGGAAUGCAGAAGUACUUGCAAAGGCAAAUGAUCGAACAAUGCCUCUCGUUACUUCGAUGAUCCUUUUCCUUGAGCUCUCUUAAGUUUUCUAAUCGUUUAUUUGUUCCAUUGGUUUACACCAUUUGUUACGCAAACAGUGAGUGUAAUCUGCUCGGCAGUUGAUCCUCCACAAUUGUUGUGAGAUGUGCUCUGUAACUGUAAAUGGAUUUUGGCCACCUGCCCAUGGCUAGCUGCAUUUUUUUUUAUUUGAGGAUCCUGUUUGUCAGGCGGUCACUUGAUUCAGCAAAGCAGCCAUUUGUUGUAAUUUGGAACCUGUUUGCGCAACUUACCCACAAAAUGUGGGUCUCUCAAAUGUUCUUCAGGGUUUUGCUUGAGCUACAAUGGUGAUGCAAGUAGCUAAAAUGCUGACACAGUUGCUCAGUAUUUGCAAACUGAUGCAAGUAGCUAAAAUACAGAUAUGAACAAAAAUGAUGCUAAACUGGAUAUCCAAAAAUACAGAUUCAAAUUUUUUAUAAGCUUGCACUGGAAAUUGAUGCACAUUCUAGGAAAAACCAGACUCUACAUCUCCACAUGACUGACUUGGAAGUGUAGAAAGGGUGGAUUAGAAACCUAGUAAUUCUCAGUUCCUGACUUCCAGUUCUUUAAACUUCAAAGUAAAUGCAUUCACAAGAAUCGAAUAACACUCUUUUAUGUAAGAUAGAUAUUCCUGUGCGACCCAAUUGCUACGAAAAGACCCAGAAGAGACGGUAAGGAUCUGUAAAAAAAAUGACUAAUAUGUAAACAUA